AUUCGAAGCAGUUCAUGCGUUGUUUCGUUCACCCUUUGUAUCCUGUAUACGGGUGCAAUUCUGUGAUUCGCUCUUCUCUCCACGGCUUUAAAACACAACUUGUAGACUUUAAAGACACAUUAUUUCAGUAUCAAAAGGCUAGCCUGUGUGAUAAGAUAUCUCUAGAUCGAUCUUCAACAGAAAUCCUCGGGACAACACCACCAGAAUAUUUUGAUAACUGGAAUUUGACAACUUGAAACACGAGUCGGCCAUUGUUAUUCGGAUAAAACUAAAGUAUGAUAAACCGGAUAUAUAUUCUUUGUGUUGUUAGGUAACAAUAAGAGGGAAAAACUGCAAACAGAAAUGACUAAAUAUAGAAAAGUCAGCUUUCUAAAUACCUAUCACGGAAGUCUACAAAUGUAAUAAUUGAUCAUUUCUUGGAGAGACGCAUUAUUUAAAGUAGUGCUUAGGUUCAUUACCGGAAGUGAAUUUUUUCCCAGAAGCUAACUACAGUUAUUAACAUUUGCCAAACUGGAUGCUAAAGAUAGUAAGGCGGCUUCUCAGCUUCUGUAUCGGCAGAUGACGAUGACGACCGAAAAGGAAAAGGCAAAAAAGACGUUCGACUUUCGUAUGUCGAAAAAAGUCGCUGAACUGACUCAAGUGGUUCAUAUGUUGUUUACCCGAAACCACGAGAAAGAAGUGGAAAUCGAAGCAUUGAAAGAGGCGUAUGAAUAUGAAAUAUCAUUAGUGCAAGAAGACGCCACGGAACAACUUGGAAAAAGUGAAGAAAAGCGGAAAGAACUCGAAAAACUCUUAGAAAAAGAAAGGAAAGCAGGACGUGAGAGAGUGAAAAGUGCAGUCCAACAAGAAGCAUCGACAAAAGAAGAACAAUGGAAAGAAAAAGUGAAAGCAUUGGAGCAGCAAUUAGCAGACGAGAAAAAUGAAAGUCAGAAUCUGAGGGAUUUAUUGAUAAACGCUCAAAAAGACAUUGAAAAGUUGAGACAAGGAGUGGCGGAGCAACUACAGAGUAAGAAUGAAGAAAUUCACAGGAAGAAUCAAGAACUAGAGCGGCUUCGACAGAAAGUGGCUAAUCUAGAACAUACACAGAGCGAGAACGAAAAGCAUUAUAAAGAGAUUAUCCGAGACUUGGAGAAGAGUAACGAAAAGUUGGAGCGAGAGUUGGCGCAACUUCAAGCACUACUUGAGGAAACUCAUCGAUCUAAGAUGCAUUUUGAAUCCAAAAGUCAAAAACUAGAAACAGAUUUGAAAAACUUGAAAAGAGACUUUAGCAAAAAAGUUUCAGAAGUAGUCGCUAGUCAAAGAGCCCAAGCUGCGAGUCAUCAGUUACCAUCACAGAGGCAGUACACGCCAACUGGAACCAUGACGAUUAAGGGUUUCACGUCGCGCAUGGUGAAGGAUUACAACGAAGAGGUGGAGAAAUUAAGAAGAGAGGUACAGAGGUACCGUAUGGAACUCAGUAACAGGGACAAUAACUUCAACAGGAUGUUUACAGACGGUCAGCAACUAAUGGUGGACCCCAGGGCAGGGAAAAUCGCCAUCACACAACAACAGGUGCUUGCUGCGGGUCCCACCCAAUCUAAGUCGGAACCCCACAUUGGCAAUCGGGAGAAAUCAUUCUCCUAUGCCUUCGUACAGUCUCUGGACGAAUCCGUAAGCACUGACGGUUCCCGAGUGGCGAAGCGGCCUCCAAGUUCUCGGGUUUCCUCGGCCUCUGGAAGACUUCCAGCUCUGACUCAGGAACAGAAAACUCGCCUUACAAAAUUAAUGAAACCACGCCCACUUCCGAAAGAAAUGUUGUAUGGGAAGUGACCUAAUCAAUUACAUUUACAUCGAAACGUCUUCCGGUAGAACUUUUAACUAAGAUAAUUUUGCAUUUAAAUUCCAAAACCAUCCAUAGAGACAGACUUGGUUUUCACAAAAGUGAGAGGAAGACUAUUAAGUACAAACAAAACGUAAAUCAGUGUUAAAGAAUGCGCUCAGUUUAAGUCUUUAUGAAUGUUACAUGUAUGCUAAAAUGGACGAUACGGAUUUUACUGGUUGUCCAAAUAUUGAGUAUAUAAAUUCAGAUUGUAUUUGUUCACCUUGCAAUAAUUUCAUACAUGUAUGUGAUUUUCAAUGAUUGUACUUUCCAAAAACAUUUCCCAAGUCAGUCAAUAAAAUUACUGAUUUAAGUUAUUUCUUCAGAAUACAAGGCCAUGGAAUACAAGUCUUGUCAGAAAUUUUAACA